UCAGCAGUCAAUUACUGAAGUUGGACGGAAUCAAAAACUAUCAAAUUCAGUGGAUAUGGAGAGGAUAAUUCCUGGAAAAGAUUCUGAAAGUGUGGACUCCUUGGAUUAUUUAUGGCUUUUCUGGAAAAUACAUGGGUUUUAUCCUAGCUUGAAGUAUAACCUUCUGCAGAAAGUGCACGUCAUUUUCAUUAUUGUGGUUGUAAAUUUCGUAAUCAUCAGCACGUUUGUCAUUCAGUUGUUCUUUGUCGAAAAUCUGAAGCAGUUGCUCUACAAUUUACCGAUGAAUAUAUCUCUUAUCACUGAUGCACUAAAGUUCUUUACGAUUCUAAAAAUGCACAAGAAACUCGUCGGAAUUAAGGACUAUUUUCGGAAAUUGGACUCGAGGAUCUCAACCGCUAAACAUGUUAACGAUAUAAGAAAGUUGAUUGUCUUCUGCAAACGGUUAACUUUGACGGUAUGUUUCCUCUACGUAUCUAUAGUGGUAAGUGCAGCUCUAAACGCUGGGGUGUCAAAUCGGCAGCUAUUGCUUUUUGAUGUUUGGGUGCCGUACAAUUUCCAUGAUCCUGCCUGGGUAUACUGGGCAACUUUUACGUUUCAAUUCUCAUGCAUCGUAAUUUCCGCGAUUCAAAAUUUGACUAAUGACUUGAAUGGACCUUUGUACUUUAUUAUGCUAAAUACUCAUCUUAAAAUAAUUAUGGAACGCCUGGAAAACGUUGGUUGGGAUCUGAAAAAGUCCCAAGAGGAUAAUUACAAUGAACUCGUGGAGUGUAUUAAGGAUCGUCGAAUUGUGAUGAAUGUAUUCGACAUCUUCCAAAACACUACUGGUUACGUAAUUUUCAUGCAAUUCGCGAGUACAGCUCUGGUGUUGACUAUGGAGGCGCUAAUUACAAUAAUUUAUGACCUUAACUUCACAGAACUUUUGCUGGUUGUAUUCUAUAUGCUGGACGUAAAUGUUCAGAUACUUCCAUGCUGCUAUUACUCGAAUAAAUUCAUGGUGCUAACCGAUCAGUUUGUAACGUCAAUUUACUCAACAAAUUUCCCUGAUCAGUCACCGAAAUUCAAGAAAACGGCAAUCAUCUUUAUGCAGAUGACCCAAAAGAGAAGCAUUUUGAUGGCCGCAAAGAUUGUCCCGGUAUCUUUGGCUACUUUCGCAUCAAUUAUAAAACUUUCAUAUUCAAUGCUGACAUUGGCAAAACAACUUCACUAAUAACACUGCAAGAAAUUCAAGGACACCCAUAUAUAUUGCGCAGGAACUUCAAUUAUGAUUAAAAUUGAUCAAUAGGAAAUCUUAAUUCACGAAAAUAUUGAGUGUCGUAGUCUAAUGUUUUCUAAGCACUUACAAGAAUAUCCAAAUACACGAAUUUUUGGAGGAUAACUAAAUGUAAAUGUAGAUUCACCGAACAAAGCACCAAUAAAACGUACU